AAAUGGCAGCUUGGAUGACUUUUGCUCGUACAGUUACGGGCACAACUAGUAGAAUAUCACAUCAAAUGGUAUCAUCGGCGAAUCAAUCUUCAAAACCAAUCCAGCGUCGUGAACUAUGUAAUCUAGCUAGUGGUAAAGAUCCUCAUGGACCACCAAAGGAGAAGUCAUAUGCAGGUUACAAGUUCUGUGGGGCAGUAAUUUACAUAGGGUUUUGGGGAAAUGCCAUCUUUGGCGAAGUGCCCAAAAAGAAGAAGAAGUUCAAGAUUGUUACAGUAAACAAUGGAGUGCGAGAUCGACGAGCUAUUGUGGAAUAUCGCUCCUUCUAUCAUUUUGGGUUUUAGAAUUAAGGUAUCUUUCGAAAAACAGUAAAAACGGAUUUGUAUAAGCUUGUGUUAAGUUUGUUUGGCAGGUUGUUUGACUUUAUUUGGUUCUGAAGGAUUGGAUAGUAUACUCACUGUUGGAUAGUAUACUCACUGUAAUUCAUUCUGAGUUCUUUAUUUUA